AUGAAGAGUUACCUACAGCAUACCCUGCUGGGGCUAGGACUCACUGGUCUAAGCAUCGCAGGAGUGGUACAACGAGACAUUGAGGUGAUACGAAUUCAUACCCCUGGAGAUGUGACUGCCGAUUCUUUGCACAACAUUCAUGUCGAAUUCUUGGACACCCAAUUUGAAGGUCAAUUGCAGCUCGUUUACGGAGAGUGUGGAAUUGAAAAUCCAAUGCACGGUCACCAUGAGAUUGGAAGUACAUUUGUGAAACGAGACGCGCAUCCCGAACGAUUCGUUUGGUCCACGCCGUCUGAUGCGCCGCAUUCACACUGUCUACAUGCCUUCUCUGGAUCCACGCUCAUGGGCCGCUCCUCGCCCAUCAUGGUCUCGUCCCCAUUGAAGAAACGAGAGAAUAUCGCAGACGUUGCAGAUGCCAUGGGCCCUUGGUUUGAUGGAGUUGCAUACAUGAAAUCAAAGAAGAACGACAAAGCAUUCGUCUCCAAGGCCAAGAACCACUCGGUUGCCAUUCUGGGUGGUGGAAUGUCUGGCUUGAUGACUAGUCUGCUGCUCGAGUCUGUUGGCAUCCAUAACUGGCAUAUCUACGAAUCAUCCCAACGUGUUGGAGGCCGCAUCCGCACAAAGUACCUGAACGACACAAGUCCUGAUCAAUACCAAUACCAGGAAAUGGGUCCCAUGCGAUUCCCUGUCAGCAUCACAUACGCCGAUACCAACGAGACUCUUGAGAUCAUGGAUCACCGGAUGGUCUUCCAACUGGCUGAUGUUCUCAACAAAAUGAACAAGGAUAAGCCAGAGCUCGAAGUGAACUUCAUUCCCUGGAUUCAGAAGUCUCCUAACGUUCCUGCUGCCUCCGGAGGCAACCGUCUACCCAAUGGACAAAUUCCAAGCGCUGCUCAAGUUGCCGCCAACUCAUCUCUUGUAUACACUGCCGCUUCUGAAAACAGCACUGCUGCUGCAGAGGCACAGGCUGACUACGAGAAAUACACCGACCUCGAAAACAGAGAAACCCUUCGAAAGAUUGCGACAAACAUGUACCAGGCUCACAAGCAGGCUGUUGAAGAUGGUAUGUUCCACUGGUCCGAGGCCGGAUAUCUGCGCUACGCGAUGGGCUACGAUGCAAAUCUCACCGACUACGUUGCCGGCACCACCGACUCCCCACUCUGGGGCGACUUUUACGACGACGUCUACUUCGCCGCCACCAAAUGGCGCACCAUCGACAAGGGCUUGGAGUCACUCCCACGCGCCUUCUACCCUCACGUCAAGGACAAGCUGACUUUGAACCGCACUGUCCAAGGCCUGAUUCACAAUGAGACUUCUGGGAAGAUUGCCGUUACCUGGCGAGAUGAUCCCCUUCAAAUGAUCCCAGAAAGCAAAGAAUACAACUAUGCCGUCGUGGCCGCACCUUUCAGCAAGGUCCGACUUUGGGAUCUCCCGCGCUACUCCUCCCUCCUCAGCCGGGCCAUCUCAAGCCUCAACUACGACCCUGCCUGUAAGAUGGCUCUGCUAUACAAAACUCGCUUCUGGGAGCACUUGGAUAAUCCCAUUUUGGGCGGCUGUGGCUCAGUAGAUGUUUCAGGUGUCGGAAACGUUUGCUACCCAUCCUACAACUUGAAUGGUACUGGACCUGGUGUCAUUCUGGCCUCUUAUAUUUCUGGCACACCGGCACGAUCCACUGCUGCGCUCAGUCCCGAGGAGCACGUUGCUCUCAUUCAACGGACUAUGGUUGAAGUCCAUGGCGAGAUUGCAGCAGAGCAGUUUACUGGUAUCUACGAUCGCCAGUGCUGGGAGUUCGACCAACACCAAGCUGGUGCUUGGGCUGAUCCUCUCGUCGGUCAGCAGGAGCUUUAUUUGCCUGCUUACUAUCAGACUGAGUUGAACACUAUCUUUAUUGGCGAACAUACUAGUUAUACCCAUGCUUGGAUCUUCUCUGCUUUGGACUCUGCGGUUCGGGGUACUACACAGCUACUCCUGGACUUGGGUUUGGUUGAUGAAGCGAAGUCUGUUGUUGAGACUUGGAUGGGUCGGUGGAUCAAGCUUUGA